CUCAUCCAAACCCUAAAACAAAGACCACCCACACAUCUCUCUACAUUAUAAAGCCGUUAACAAAUCUGAAAACCCUUCUUUCACUCUCUUGUUCUCCUCGAUCACCUGUCCUAUUCCCUAUCAAUUUUCCCAAGUAAAUCAUCACACCUCGCCAUUUUCCCGAGAAAAUCACCCUUCAUAUUACCCUCUCAAUCCGAUCACUCGCUGCUCCUCCAUCCAAACAAAUUCUUGAUUUUAUGUAAAUUUUUCUUUCAUCUGUAGAAUCUGUCUCUCUGUUUCUUCUUGCUCAUUUUCCCGAGAAACAAUCAGUUGCUCAUUUUCCCAAGAAAAUUAUAGCUUUGUUUUGUCUCAAUCUUACCCUCCCCAAAAUCUUUUAUCUCAACCGAAUCUCAGUUUUGUCUUUCAAGUUACUCAAAAACUUAUCUAUCUCCGGUGAAUUUUACUUCUUUUCUUUUUCUUCAUCACUAUCAAGUUUUCCAUAGAUUCAACCUUUGAUCUUUGCGAUCUUCAUCAAAAGCCCCACAAUUCUAGAUAAAAUUCAAUUUUUGCUUACAAUUCCGUGUCUGUAUAUACAUAUAUACAUAUAAGUGUCCUCGAAAUUGUGAGUUGUUGAAAAUUUCUGUGGCUUUGAAAUCGACUGCUGAGAAUGGUUGGAGGUGGUAACCGGAAGAAUGAGCCAUCGGUGAUUAACAGCACUAACGUUUUUGCGGCUCUCGGAACCCUGAGAAAGAAGAAGAAGUCGGAAAAAGAAGGCUCUUCGAAGGAUAAAAACUCAAGCUCUUCUUCGAAGCAGCAAGAGAAGGAGGGAGAGGCGCCGCAGGUUUUCUGGGCUCCGACGCCGCUGACGGUGAAAUCGUGGGCUGAUGUUGACGAUGAGGAUGAGGAUGACUAUUAUGCUACUACGGCUCCGCCUCAUUCUGUUUGGGCCGGUGCCGAUGUGGAUCAGCAACAGAAGGCAAAAGAGAGCGAUACUCCUGUAGAGGAAAGCGAAAGUGAGGAAGAAGGUCUAGAUGAAGCUGAUGAUGAUAAUGAGGAAGAACAUGACCAUGAGCCUGAAGUGCCUGUAGAAAUAGAGCCAGUUGUUAAGAAGCCUGCUGAAGUUCCUGCACCUAAGGAGUCAGAAAGACAGCUUUCAAAGAAAGAAUUGAAGAAAAAGGAGCUCGCAGAACUUGAUGCUAUGCUUGCUGAAUUGGGAUAUGCCAAAUCCGAGGCGAGUGGCCAAGAAGAUUCCUGUGGCAUUGCAGAAGAGAAGAAGGUAGAGAAUCCCAAGGGAGAGGUGGAAAAGGAGAUUAAUGGUGCUGGGGAGAGCAAAAGUGCAAAAAAGAAGAAAAAGAAGGAUAAGCCUUCAAAGGAGGCUAAAGACCACCUGGAUCAGCUCAAUGUCACCGAGGCUGGAAAUGUAACUGAUGAAACUGCUGAGGCUGAGAAGGUCGAAGGCAUAUCCGUUGUUGAUGUGAAAGAAAAGAUAAAGAAAGUAGCAUCCAUGAAGAAGAAAAAAUCAAGCAAGGAGAUGGAUGCUGCCGCCAGAGCUGCUGCUAGUGAGGCUGCUGCAAGGAAUGCAAAGCUAGCCGCGGCAAAGAAAAAAGAGAAGAACCACUACAACCAGCAGCCGCUGCGGUAAACUCAAAAAUUAGUUUACUCUCGCCAUUUGCAUGUAUCCCCCUGUUCUUCUGUCAAAUCCACAAUAAACAUCUAAAAUUUGGUUUCAUUAAAGCAACUUCCAAAAAAGCAUCUCGGUUUUUCUAGACGAUAAAUUAUGGAUCCAAAAGAAUAGAACUCUUAGAUCUCCUCCAUGUUUUUUUGGGGUUCUCUUCCCUGCUGGACAAUUUUUCUUUUGUAAAAACUUUCGUGGAUAUUUCUAAAUCUGAAAAUUUUGGCCCCUGUUGUGGUGGGUAUACUGGGAACGGCAUUUGUGUUCCUGUUGCUUAUUGAUUACUGUGAUCUGUAUGGACUCAAAGACAGAUGAAACUGAGCAAGUAUCUCCAAUUUGAAAAUGUAAUGCAGUCCAGUGUAUGUUCCCUGCGUCCUUUAUUGGGUUGCAUAUUCAUAUCAAAG